UUUCCAUUCAGCUCCUCCGUGUGUAACUGGUCUGUGUAAAAACAACAACAAACAUGAAUUCUUAGUAUCUUACCGAAGGAAGCCGAAUAUAUUUAUUCUCUGUGGUUAUGGGGUGUCAGAGGGGUCUAACAGACGUUUUGUGUUUUAUAUUCUUAACUAUGUCUGCAAUUAAAGUGGGACCCGUUUGGACAGCACAAGGAGGACAAGAAGAAGAGAUCGGUGAGCCGCCUGAACUCCUCCUCUCAAGGGGUUCCUACAGCAAUAACGACGUGGAAGACAGCCCCAAAUUCGUGGAAGAAGACGAUCUCGAUUUACUGCCAAAGAUACAGUACAAGACGGCAGAAAUCGCAGAUGCGGUGAUGGGGACGGAGAUUCCCGUCAGUCCAGCUGGGAUGGAGUCCCUGAUUCCCAGAAAUGCAAAAGAAAUUCCAUCAGACUUCGCCACAGCCUGUGACAGCAAAGUGACAUGUGGAGAGCAUCUCGCCCACGCUGACAGUGGGGAGUCCGCAGUCGCAAAGGACACUGAAGUCAUGGAACCGGUUACCCUGGGAAUGGUCCACGUGGAUGCUAUGUUAGCUGAGGAACAGAACUCCACUGAAGCUCCAAAACAGCACAAAGUUAGCUGUGAUGCCAGAAAUGCCACGGGGGCUGAUGACCUAAGAGUGCAGAUCUUAAAUGCGUCACAGGACUUGAUGGAGCUCUUGAAUGCCAACAGCUCGGAGUGCUCCCUGGUCUUAUUCUACACCACCUGGUGUCAGUUUUCUGCUAAUCUCGCUCCCCAUUUCAACGCCCUGCCUCGAGUGUUUCCAGGAAUACGAUUUCUCGCUUUGGAUGCCUCGCAACACAGCAGUCUGUCCACUCGGUUUGGAACUGUGGCUGUUCCAAACAUACUGCUUUUCCAAGGGGUGAAACCAAUGGCCCGGUUCAACCAGUCAGAGCGCACUUUGGAGACUUUAACAUCGUUCAUCACGAAUCAGACCGGCCUGGAGGUCAUCCCAGGACAGAGUGUAACGGAGGAGGACUACCUAGGCCCCCUUCCUAGUGUUCCUGUGAAGAGUAUUGACUGGCUCCUUGUAUUUUCCGUGUUGUUCAUAUCUGGGUUCACCAUCUAUGCAGUCUUACGGACAGACAGCAUCCGGUGGUUAAUCCCAGGGCAGGAGCAUGAGCACCAGGACUGAAGAGACUGAUUGUGCUCAUUGCAAAAGUGCCAGAAGAUUUUUGCCCCUUAUUUAAAGACUUAUCGCUUCCUACAAGACUUGUUGGAGGUUUUGUUGUGUCUCAUUACUUUAUUGAUUACUGACUGCUGACUGGGACAAAAGAUUCUGCUGUCAGUAAAUGAGUCACAUCUGUA